AAAUGGCCGCGUGCAUCUCCGCUACUUCAAAACAAGCGAUUCGCUAUUAACAAUACAAUCAAACAAUUUGAAAUACUUUUAGAAACGCCACUGAACAGAGGAACGUUUAAAUAUGAGUUUUAGCAAGUUGUUUUUCCCUCCGUGCUGCUCAAUAGUCGAAAGAUGGCAAGACUUUCAAGACUUUCUUUGAGGAAACUUUUAGUUUUCUUCCUCUGCCUAUCAGCUGUACUUUUUAUUUGGAUUACUCUGCAGGUGGUGGUGGAGCUUGGUCAGUUUGAAAGGACAGUACACAUCCUCCCUCCAAGGAACCUACACGAGUCAGGCUGGAGACAUGGUUUACAUGGCAGCGGCAUGUUGGCCAGUGAGAGAACCCCCCCUGGAGGUCCAGAGGGCCAGUACCCUUACAUUGUAUGGUGGUCCCCACUAACAGGAGAGAUUGGACGACUAGGAGAGUGUGGGACAAACAAGUGCUUCUUCACCAUCAACAGAACCCUCUACUCUCACCCAUCAACACAGGCCUUCCUAUUCUAUGGCACCGACUUCAACAUCGAGAGUCUUCCACUGCCGAGGAGAGCGCACCACCAGUGGGCCUUGUUUCACGAGGAGUCACCCAAAAACAACUACAAGCUCUUCCACGAGCCCGUCAUCACCCUCUUUAACCACACAGCCACCUUCAGCCAGCACUCCCACCUGCCCCUCACCUCCCAGUACCUGGAGAGCCUUGAGGUUCUGACCUCUCAGACCUACCUGGUGUCCCUCGACCAGAAGAACGAGCUGAGGAAAACACUAGCCCCGGUGGUGUACGUCCAGUCAGACUGCGACCCUCCGUCGGACCGGGACACCUAUGUGAGCGAGUUAAUGAAGCACAUCAAGGUUGAUUCCUAUGGACAAUGCCUCCACAACAAAGACCUGCCUUCCCAUCUGAGGGACUCGACCACCAUGGAGGAGCGGGCCUUCUACCAGAUCCUGGCCCAGUACAAGUUCAUUCUGGCCUUUGAGAACGCCGUCUGCGACGACUACAUCACAGAGAAACUGUGGAGGCCUCUCAAGCUUGGGGUGGUCCCCGUGUAUUACGGGGCUCCCAACGUUCGGAAAUGGCUGCCGAGCAACAGUAGUGCGGUUGUAGUCGUCCCAGACGAGCCCCCAGAAAAACUGGCUCGGUAUCUGAAGAGGUUAGAUGAGGACGACGGGGAGUAUGCCACUUAUCUGGAGUGGAAGUUGAAGCGUGAAGUCUCCAACCUGGAGUUGGUAAAGGAGCUGAAGGAACGCCCGUGGGGUGUCCAGGACCUGACACAGGAGAACUACGUAGAUGUGUUUGAGUGCAUGGUGUGCAACAGGGUGUGGGAGAACAUCGACAGACAGAAAAAGGGCCUUGUUCCGAAAACCUGGCAAGCAGAGGGAAACCACCUAAAGUGUCCGCCUCCGAGGAUAUUUGACUUUGCUUCAGGCCCUAGAAACCGGACAUCUUUGCGAGGAAUUUGGACGGCCAGUUACGAGCAGUCCAAGAAAGAGGCUAGGGCGUUGCGUCGCUUGGCCGAGAGGAACAGGAAUUUCACUGUGGCGCAGUACUGGAAGGAGGUAUUCACUGACUAAAACACUGCUAAAAUACUAUAAUUCACAUAGAAAUGACCCUUGUUGUAAAACAGUAUCAUUUUUCUAUGGCCACCGUACGCUUUGGUGGUGGUGUGUAAAAGUUCAGAAACACUAUGAACAUGAAAAUGGUCCACAUAUUAUGACUUCUGGUUGCACAUGACAAUCACACAAUAACGUUUGAUCAAUAUACACUACCAGUCAAAAGUUUGGAUACACCUACUCAUUCAAGGGUUUUUC